AUGACAGAAAAUCAAGGUUUCGUUCAUGAAGAGGUAAUUUUUGGGAAAGUUUUGAAUUAGUCAAGGAAAUUUUAAAAGUGGCCAGUUCGGACCAUUUUGAAAAAAUAGGAAUAUUUUGACACUAGAUACUUGCAAGAAGUUGCAGUUUUUCAAUUUUCUAGUAUAUUAAAAUUUUGAAACAGUGGACUUUCUGGAGUUUUCCUAAUUUUCAAGCAGUAAAAACUCUUCAAAAAAUUUUUAAAAAAUUUCAGUCAACUGAAGCUGCAAAUGAAACACGAAAAAAAUCAGUCGACAUCGGAACCUCAACAACUCAAGUCAUAAUUGAAUCCGAGCCGCCAACAAUGCAAUCAAGAGAUUGUUGGAAUCGAACUUGUGAUGUUUUUGGAACCAGACAAGCUGAGUAUAUCAAUCAACUCAGGCCAAUUAGAUCUUAUUUAAUUAGGGUAAGAAAGGAUUUCUGAAAAUGAAAGUUCUCAAGUUAAAAUAAAAAUUGUGGGCUACAUUUAUAAGAGCUUCGUUUCAAGAAACUGAAUUUUUUUCGUAUUUGCUCACGGAGUUUCAUUUUCAAAUUCUAAUUGUUAGUUUUUUAGAUGCAAGAAGCUCUCAAAAUCUUUCAAUACGAAUUGGAACGCGAUCUCAAAACCAAACAAUCAUCAAAAUAUUGUUAUCAACAUGUCAAAAAUUGUGUUUUGGAAAUAAAUCAUUUGUGCAGUGAGUUCAAACAGAAUUUCGGAGAAAAAAAGAGCAAAAUAAAAUUUACAGUGCACGGUAAUUUGAACAUUCCACCUUCUGAAAAUGAAAUGCUUCGAGCUGUCGCUUAUGAAUUAUCAUUGUUAGCCAGAAUUAUUCAAGAGGUAGGAUUUAUUUAGAAUGAAAAAAAUUAUGACGUGGCAAAAAAGGGUUCUUGAAAUUAUUUUUUCCAAAAAAAUAUUGAUUUUUGGUGGGAGGUCACAUUUUUGAAACAUUGAAAUUUUUUAGAACUAAGUUUAGGAACACUGAAAUUAAGAACUUCUUCAUUUUUGAAGAACUUGAAAAAAAAUUUUCUAAUUUUCCAGGUCGCUGUGAUCGCUCAAGAAAAACCCCGAUCUCGUUCCCACUCCUUCACCCAACUCGUCGUUGUCUCAAAAAAUCCCGACACAUCCAAAAACGAAGAAGGUACAAGCAGCUCUUCCGAUCCUGGAAUCGCUCCAGUUGAUCAAGAAAGUCUCAAGAACAAAAUCACGAAAACGUUCGAUUUGGUCGAAAAUUUGAUAAAAUAUAUCGACAAGAAAACUGAGAGAAGAUGGUGGUUGAGAGAUGUUAUCAACUUUAUGCAAGCUGCUGUGAAGAUCGCGCUUUUUAUCAGUGCUGCAAUUUCAGUCGCUUAUCAUGAAAAUCAAAUUGCACCGAUUGUUACACUUAUCAUAACUUGUAUUCAGGUAGGAGUUUGAAGUUUUGAGAAAAUAGAAGAUUGAGGGCGAAGAAAUAAGAAGGUGUUAUGAUUAACAUAAGGACAAAAAUGUUAUGCUUGUGGAAAAAAAUUCUGAAAAACAACGACCCUCCGCGUUUACACUCGACAGUACUCUUUGGUGUAUUGGUGGCACAGAUAAAUUCUAACAGGUUCAAAAAUAAGAUCCCUUGGUCCGAUUCAAAAUUUUCUCGAAAUAUCCUAUUUUUAUAUUUUCAGGGAAUCACCGAAGGAAUGGAUCAAUAUUUCUUGAAGAACAAAAACGCUGAUGAAAUUCAUAUCUCACUUUUAACCUCAAAUACAGCUAAUAAAAUUUGA